UCAGGCGGCAGUGGGCGGCGCUGGGCCGGGCAAGACUCCUUCCCUUCCCUUCCCGUCCCUUCCCUUCCCUCCCCACCCCUUUCACCACCUCACUGCGCUUCGGAACAUGGCGGCGGCAAUAACGGUGGCGAGGCGCUGAGGGAGCGCCAGCGCUCGGCGGCCGGCCGCAGAGGCCUUCCCCAGAGCAUCUUCCUAUUCGACAGCCAACGUGCAUGCAUGUGGAAGAGAUCUGCCACAGAAUGUGGCAGUGGCCACCACCAGUUUGGAUGGCCUUAACAGGGAUUUGGAACCGUUGAUGAUAAUACCUUGGAGGAGGAAGCCGAUUUGUUGUUAGUGGUGGGAUCUCGAUGGACCUGGAGGCAUACCUUCAAAUAACAGUUAGGAGAAGGCUUUUGCCUUCACAGCUUGCUGUUGGGCUUUGAUCUGGAAGCAUUUGGCUGCCUGCUGUUGGAAACAACACGUCAGAGUUGAUGGAUCAAGGAAGUGGGCGUGGUUCCUCUUUCCAGAUCGAUCAUUUGAGAUGCUGGUGAAGGUCACCUGUCCGACAAUUUCAGAUUGGUAAACCUAAGUCAUUUCCAGAGUAACAACUUGUAACCGGCAGUAUAAUGCGGAAGCCAAGCCCUCAGAAAGCAAUAGACUGGAAAGAUGGAAAAAAGCACAAGUAUGGGCGCCUGUCAGAACCUCCUUCGCAGUACCAAGGUCACUUUGCUUGGGAUAAAUACUUGAAAGAAACAUGUUCCAUCCCAGCUCCUGCCCAUUGCUUCAAGCAGUCAUACACACCACCAACCAAUGAAUUCAAGAUCAGCAUGAAGCUAGAAGCCCAGGACCCCAGAAACACCACUUCUACUUGCAUUGCUACUGUGGUGGGACUCACAGGUGCCCGUCUCCGAUUGCGCCUGGAUGGCAGUGACAAUAAGAAUGACUUUUGGCGUCUUGUGGAUUCUGCAGAAAUUCAGCCCAUUGGCAACUGUGAAAAGAAUGGAGGGAUGCUGCAGCCCCCUUUGGGGUUUCGGCUGAAUGCUUCCUCUUGGCCCAUGUUUCUCCUGAAGACUCUGAAUGGAGCAGAAAUGGCUCCUGUUCGGAUUUUUCAUAAGGAACCACCAUCUCCAUCCCAAAACUUCUUUAAGAUGGGGAUGAAACUGGAGGCAGUAGACAGGAAAAACCCUCACUUCAUCUGCCCAGCCACCAUUGGUGAGGUGCGAGGUUCUGAGGUCCUCAUCACUUUUGAUGGCUGGAGGGGAGCCUUUGAUUACUGGUGCCGCUAUGAUUCUCGCGACAUCUUUCCCGUCGGCUGGUGUUCACUGACUGGAGACAACUUGCAACCCCCUGGAACAAAAGUGGUGAUUCCAAAGAGCCCAUUCCCACCCCCUGAUGUAAUCUCUGAAAAGAGCAGCAUGCACAGUGGCACAAAGACUAUUUUGGAACAUCAGACAGGACAAAGGGGGCGCAAGCCUGGUCGUAAACGAGGCCGGACACCAAAGGCUCUGACCAGUCAUCCUAUCCCCACCCCUUCCAAGGUAGUAGAGCCUUUGAAAUUCCCCAAGAAGAGGGGACCAAAGCCUGGCAGUAAGAGAAAGCCUCGAACAUUAUUAAAUCCAGCACCCACCUCCCCUACAACCAGCACUCCUGAACCUGACACUAGUACAGUACCACAAGAUGCAGCUACUAUCCCUAGUUCUGCUAUGCAGGCCCCUACAGUUUGUAUCUACUUGAAUAAGAAUGGUGGCACUGGCCCUCAUCUGGACAAAAAGAAAAUCCAGCAACUGCCUGACCAUUUUGGGCCAGCUCGAGCAUCUGUGGUUCUGCAGCAGGCUGUCCAGGCUUGUAUUGACUGUGCUUACCACCAGAAAACUGUCUUCUCAUUCUUAAAACAAGGCCAUGGAGGAGAGAUCAUUUCAGCUGUAUUUGAUCAUGAGCAGCAUACUCUGAACUUGCCAGCAGUCAACAGCAUCACCUAUGUACUCCGCUUCCUUGAGAAACUCUGCCACAACCUGCACAGUGACAACCUCUUUGGGAACCAGCCUUUUACUCAGCACCAUGUGCAGCAUUCCCGCGAGUACGACCACGACAGGUACCUGCCAGACAGGAGCAUUUCGUUAGACGGCUCUCUGCAGGGACCAGGCCGGGGUUCAAAGAGAUAUUCCCAAGAUUCCCCUCCAUACAGUGCUCCUCUCUCCCCCAAGUUACCAAAGAACGAUCAUCACCCUUUGGAAGGUGAAACGUUUGUGUUGAGCGAUGGCCUGCCAGGUCCCUUGGAGCCUCGUCUGGACCCUCUGGACUCUGCCCUGAAUGCCGUCAAUGCAUCCAGUCCCAGCAGGAAUGCAAGAGACUACCGACUUCAGGGGUACAGGCACCUUCACCAGCCCUCCAGCCUCACCCAGUGCAGUGGCUCCUCCUUGCAUAGGCUUAGUGCUGCAGGUUCUGAAAGAUACCUUGGCCCUCGAGACAUCUCACGGUUGGGCACCCGGGACCCCUCUGCCUGGACAGUAGAAAACGUCAUGCAAUUUGUGAGAGAAGCUGAUCCCCAGCUGGGUCCUCAUGCAGACCUCUUCCGAAAACAUGAGAUCGACGGCAAGGCCCUGCUGCUGCUGCGCAGUGACAUGAUGAUGAAGUACAUGGGCUUGAAGCUGGGGCCAGCACUGAAACUCACCUACCACAUUGACAAGUUAAAACAGGGCAAAUUCUGAACAAGGUUCAUCCUGGCACAGUCUCGGCCGAAGUGGCACCCUCGGCUCCCCAUGCAGGCUGGUCAUGCAUGCCUACGUUCCUCGCCUUACCUGUAACAGUGCUAUGAGGACGCCUUCUUUGCCAGCGAGGAGAAGGUGGAGAUCUGGAGGAAGACCCUGGGCACCCCCACUCAAAGGAGACUUGCGUUUAGAUUCAUUGGCAUAAAAGGGUGGAUGCUGCUUCUGCUUUCUGCCAGUGGAGACGGGACCACAAUCCACCUUACCAGGAAGACAGUGCUUCUUCGCACAUACUUGGAGCUCUGGCAGAGCCACACUCAUGUCAGACCUGGCUGUUCGGCCUUCUUUUUCAGAUGUACCAUGUUCUUUUGCCCCCCCCCGCCCCCAGGGAUCCUCUUCAGGCAAUGACUGAGUGCCAGGAGGGGUUCCUCGUUCGGUGCCAUACAGAGCAGACUGACUGCAAGGAGCCAGCUCUGGCAAGAGACAAGCAGCUGCUGCUAACGUGAUCGUUCACUCCGCUGGGCGCCAAGGCUGGGGAGGUUAUGGCAGAGGCCCCGCACCCUGCUCGUCCCACUAUCUGAGCAUAGUGCGUGCGCUCACUUGCUCGCUCGCUCGCUCUCUCUCUCACACACACACACACCUCUUGGUGCUGUCAGGCCUCUUCCUGUGCGGAGGCCACAAGCUAGCAGUUUUCCUGUGCUGCUGGCCUGAGGACAGAAAGCUCUAAUAUUUAUUUCAAGCAAGGACUUGGGGAGGAUGCUUACGCUGGUGCAGCAGUGGAUCUGUUGCAGUCUCCAUUGCCCACCUUUGGCGCUCUCCCAAGCGGGCUGGGUGCAGUCGCAAGGGAAGGAAGUGCAGUUCCCCUUACCCAGGUGUCAGAGGACACUCAGCUGAGCAGCCCAGUUUUUUUCUUAAGAGUCUCAGAUGUUUUUCUACUUGCUAUAGAAAUGGCAACUGUUUAAACUUUUUUUCGGAGAAAUUAAAUGUUUCUUAUUCCACAAUGGUACCAUGAAUUUUUACCCCUCCAGUUCAUGCUGUCAGAGCCUUUCAGUUGUAGCUACCUGACGGGUGAAAGGGAUGUCAGAUGGAUGGGAAACAGAUAUUUUGAUGGUUUGUCCUUCCCCAGCUCAAGCGGGGAACAUGAAUUGUUUUGUUUGUAUGUAUUCUGGAAAAUGUUUAAUGUAUUUAUUUUUAUGGCACUUGCAGUGGCCCUCCUUGUUCCAUAUAGUAGAGGGCUGUUGCUGCUGCCAGGUAAGAAUGAGAAAAGAACAUAACAAGCUCGUGCCCCCUACGUUCUGCCCUCCAGGUCCUUGACUGAAGCCCUUUUCUUUGCUUUCAGAAAGUAAAGCCAUGGUAGUGGUUGUUAUUUCCUCCAUUAGCUCCUUGGCCAUUUGCCCUGUCCUUUGGUUCCCAAAGAAGAAAAUGGACCCUGUGCUUCAGUUGUGCUUGGCUAUUUUUCUGCCCCAUACUGGGGGCAGGGCAAUGGAAGGUGCACUUCUCUCUUCCCAAGUCACAUACCCCACUGCCCAUCCUGUGGAUGAUUCUUCCACCCUCCCAGGUGUUGUGGAAGAGGUGCUUUCUAGAUUUCCCUAGAACAGAUUAGAAGUCAAGCUGAAAAUGCAAAAAAGAACAUAAUUCCAGCCUCUGAAACAAGCAAUGAAAAUUCACAGGCAAUAAGCCCAAUGCGGAAAGGAGUCAGAGCUCAACUGCAGUGCAAUGGAGUCGUGUGACUCGGUCAACAGCUGGAUUGGCCAGUACAGCCCUUGUGAGGAGAGGGUUCCCUGCUCUGCUAUUACUGCCUGGCUGCAGAAUUCCGUUUCUGUGAGCACCACCUACUUAUACGUAGCAGCGAGGGCCCUGCCAAUAUUCUUUUCUGCACUUAAUCUGUUGAUUUGGUUUAUAAAUAAAAGGAAAAAAUAGUA